AUGUCAUUAGCUGCCAGUGAGCCCACGCUAGGCAUCGACGAACACGGCGUUCCGACCACUGAAACUUCGGACCACGAACAAUCUGGGUUCACGGAGAAAAAUGAGGGCCUGGCAAACUCUUUUCCCGGUGUCACCGAGAGGAAACCUCAGCCGGAAAUGGGUGAUGUAGAGUAUCCAUCGGGCUUGAAGCUCGUGUUGAUGAUGAUUUCUUUGUGCUUGAGUGUGUUCCUAGUCGCUUUGGACAAUACUAUCAUAGCGACCGCCAUCCCCAAGAUCACGGACCAAUUUGAGUCAUUGGACGAUGUGGGAUGGUACGGCUCUGCAUAUCUGCUCACGACUGCCGCUACUCAAAUGCUGUUCGGAAAAUUCUAUACAUUCAUGCCAGUCAAACGGGUGUUCAUAACAGCCAUUGUGGUAUUUGAAAUCGGAUCUGCCAUCUGCGGUGCUGCCCCCAAUUCCAAGGCACUCAUCAUCGGUCGCGCAAUUGCCGGGUUGGGCUCUGCGGGUAUCUUUUCCGGCGCCAUGAUCAUUGUUGCGAAGACAGUUCCACUUGCAAAGAGGCCGAUAUAUACCGGUAUGAUUGGUGCGACUUUUGGUAUUGCAAGCGUUGCAGGCCCUUUGAUGGGCGGAGUGUUCACCGACAAAAUCAGUUGGCGCUGGUGCUUCCUCAUCAACCUGCCUCCCGGCGCGUUCACUCUUGCCUUCCUUGUCUUCUUGUUCAAAAUGCCGGCUCAGGGGCAAAUCAAAAACGAGCAGAGCUUCAAGGAAAAGCUCCUGCGAUUUGACCCUAUGGGAACGGUCGUUUUCAUUCCCGCCAUCAUCUGCUUGCUGCUUGUCCUGCAAUGGGGCGGAUCCAAAUACCCGUGGCGCAACGGCCGUGUGGUCGCUCUCUUGGUCGUUUUCGGCGUUCUCAUCGCUGCUUUCAUCGCGAUCCAGGUCCGACAGGGAGAUCAGGCCACCGUCCCUCCGCGCAUCAUCAGGCAGCGCAGCAUCUUGAGUGGCAUAUGGUAUACGUUCUGUGUCGGUUCAUCGUUCUUCCUUCUGUCGUUCUACCUCCCGAUCUACUUUCAGUCGAUUCACAACGUGACGGCCGUCAAGUCAGGCAUAUCCACAUUGCCAAUGAUCCUGUCCAUCAUCAUUUCCUCAAUUGUCGUCGGCCUUCUGGUUGCGCAGCUGGGAUAUUACGUGCCUUUCAUGAUCGUUUCAACCAUCAUCGCCAGCAUCGGCGCUGGACUGAUCACCACAUUAGACGUGUCUUCGGGCCAUGCGAAGUGGAUUCCGUACCAAAUCAUCUACGGCUUUGGGAUGGGUCUGGGCCAAAACCAACCCGCGUUGGCAGCACAAGCCGUGCUAGAUAUCGAUGACGUCCCAUCCGGCACUACCAUCGUCAUGUUUGGACAAACGCUGGGUGGCGCGUUAUUCGUCUCUGUCGGUCAGAACGUCUUCACCAAUAAGCUUGUGGCUGGAUUGACCCAAUACGCUCCGGGUCUCGAUCCCAACCUUGUUCUGGCUGCGGGCGCCACAAAUCUACGCUCUAUUGUGCCCACUGACAAGCUCGCCGGCGUGCUGCUUGCAUAUUCCAAGGCUCUCGACUCGGCGUACUACGUUGCUGUGGCCAUGUCAGCCCUGACCGGCUUCGGCUGCAUUGCUAUGGAGUGGAAAAGCAUUAAAGGUAAGAACAUUGAGAUUGCCGUAGGUUAGUUACCCCACUGCUUCGAUUAUCCGUCUCGCAAGUUCUCCCGAGCUUCUUUCGUCCGUGUGUGUCCACGUUAUCGCGCCUUGAGUAAUCAUGCGACAUGUUCCUCUGGUCGCCUGGCACUUCCGACUGCAAUGAUCGUAUGCACAGCACAGAAAAAUGAUGAGAGAGAGGACUGUCUUCGGAAUCGACAAGCCUUGUCUGGCCCGAUUUUGCCUCAAAAUGUGCAAUUUCCUCCGGUGCUGCAUCAGAAGUGAUGCGGGGUCAAUGCAGUGGCUGCUCGUGAUCAACGGAAUUGUUUUGGAAGGGAACCGAACUAGGCAGUAUCGCAG